UUACCGACCAUUACCGACCUUUGUUCGUGGCUGAACGCACCAAUUUUGUUAUCAUCAUGAAAACGCACCAUUAUAACCGUCGCCUCGCUUCGAUGGAAAAGCGGCUUUACUGUUAGUUGUCCUAGCCUAAUCUUAGAUUAAAAUUUGUGUACGACUUACAAUAAUAAAACUGAAAAGGAUAAAUGUAUAGGUUUUGUGUUGUUUAUAAAAUAGCCUUCUUCCCAUAAAAAAAUAUUAAAAGUUACGUAGGAUAUUAUUUUUAUCUAAUUAAGACAGUCAAAGUUAUAGAUUCCAUGGCAUUUCCACUAAACGAUCAGGUUUAUACAAACUCCUUUACACCUAGAGAGUACCAAGUAGGAUUAUUUUAUACCGCUAGAGAGAAAAACAUCAUUGUGUGUCUAGGAAAAAGUUACGAACAAACGUUUAUUGUUAUAAAGUUAAUCCAAGAAUUUGCUAUCAAUAAUAGGAGAUUAUUAAGCAAAGGAGGCAAGCGAUCAUUAUAUAUAUUGACAGAUGUAGAAAAGUAUAAAGUAAAAGCAAGUUAUAUAGAACAAUUAACGGAUUUAAAAGUUCUAUUAUGUGAUACCUGUUUACCAACAGAAUUUGUAGACAAAUUUGAAACUUCUCACGUAUUAGCUACAACUUCUAAAACAUGUGCACAAUUGUUAGUAGGAAAAAAGAUGUUACCACAUCAAAUAAAUCUAGUCAUAGUUGACGAGUGCCAUAAAUCUGUAGAUGAUAGCAAUCUAAGAUUUGUUUUGAAAUCCUUUUUAUCUUGUAACAAUGUUCCUAGAAUUAUUGGGUUGGCUGUUCCAUUGUUUAACUUAAUGCAAGAACCUGGAAGGUUAGGACUAGAAAUAGAAAAAAUAGAAGCUAUAUUUCAAUGUGAAGUUGAAACAGCUAGUGAUAUAUUAUCUAUACUGCGCUAUAGCCCUAAACCUAAAGAAUAUGUAGUGGAAUAUUCUGAAAAUAAAAAAGGAGAAUUGUAUAGUACUAUUGAAAAUUAUACGUUACACGCUAUUGAAUUUUUACGUGAUCAUCGUCAUGACCCAAUCGAAAUUUAUACCGAUGAGUUUUAUGAAGACAUACAGAAAAUACCAGACCCCACAAAAAAACCCUUUGAGAUGAUGCAAGAUUUUUUAUAUAUACUACAAACUCUCGGACCAUGGUGUGCAGAUCGUGCUGCACUUGCUCUUCUAAUUUUAACUGAAAAAUUGAAAAUAAAAACACCUUAUGAAAGACAUUAUCUAUUAUUGAACAUGGUUGCAUCUGUUUUUACGAAGAUACGAGCUUUGUGCGAUAAUACAUUUGAAGCUUUACCUGAAAAAGAGAGAAUAUACAAAUAUACUACGCCAAGGGUUCACAGACUAUUACAGGUUUUAAAAACGUAUACACCAUAUUAUACUAAAAAUGUUGACAUUCCUCGUAAAAAAAUGAAUCGUGAAAAUAAUGUUAAAAAUUUAUCUGUAAAUAAUAAAGAAAAUUCUUUGAGACAUAAUUUUGUGCAAACUAGAAGAACAGAGUAUAAUCAGAGAGGUAAUGAAGAAAAUUAUAGGAGAUUACCCAAAUCUCAAUCUCACAUGCGCGAAGCUGCAGACCCUGAUCUACUCUGUGGAGUGAUCUUUGUGGAUAAAGCAUUUGUUGCAAAAGUUUUGUUUUAUUUAUUAAAUGAAAUAUCUACAUAUGACGAAGAGUUACAUUUCUUGUCACCUCUGUAUGCGAUUGAAAACGAUACAGAUGAUGGUUAUUCUAGAGCUUUAGAAAUGGAGCAUAGAAAACAAGAAGAAGUUUUGAAGAGAUUUAGGAUACACGAAUGCAAUUUAUUAAUUUCAACUUCAAUUUUGGAAGAAGGCAUUGAUAUUCCAAAAUGCAAUUUUGUAAUGAGGUAUGAUUUUCCAAAAACGUAUCAAUCUUAUGUUCAGUGUAAGAGUCGAGCAAGAGCUAUGGAUGCGUUACAUGUACUAUUAGUGCCACAGACACAAUCAAAGGAAUAUGUGUGGCAAUUAGCACAGUAUCAUUACAUAGAAAAGACUUUAUUAGUAAAGUGUUCUAAUAACGAACCAACUGAAGAAGAAGAAAACGAGGCAGAUAUGUACGCUGCUAUGAUACCACAUUACAAACCACUUGACGGAGAUGAUGCACCUUCUGUAACUUUCAAUUCUGCUAUAUCAUUGGUAAACAGAUAUUGUGCAAAAUUACCUAGUGAUACUUUUACAAGAUUAACACCAGAGUGGUCUACCGAAAGGGUGAACGUAGACAACAUGCCUAUGUAUAUAUGUUCUUUACGACUCCCUAUAAAUUCUCCGGUAAAAUACAUUGUAUCGUCGUAUCCUAUGCCUAAUAGAGCUAUGGCAAGGCGUAUGGCUGCUUUGCAGUUAUGUAUCGAUUUACAUCGAAAAAAUGAAAUAGAUGAUAAUUUGUUACCUAUCGGAAAAGAAAACUUCAAAGCUAAACCAGAAGAUGCUGAAGUACCUGCUCUACCAGAUGAAAGUAAACUGGAUUUCUCUGAAGCUCUGCCUGGAACAACUAAACGUAGACAAUAUUAUUAUAAAAAGACAGCUGAAGCAUUAACGGAUUGCAGACCAAAAGUUGGAGUUCCCUCUUACCUGUACCACAUUAAUAUGGUCUUAAGCUGUCCUUUACCUGAGGAACAAAAUACCAGAGGUCGGCGUAUCUACCUUCCCGAAGAAUCGGCUAUUGGUUUCGGUAUAAUAACAUUGAAAAAAAUUCCUAAGUUGUGUCCUUUUCCUAUUUACACCAGAUCUGGAGAGGUUCGUGUAAAAUUAAAAUUCAGUAAAAAAACUGUAGUUUUAAACGAAGUGCAAAUAGAGAAAAUUGCCACUUUUCUCAAUUAUACGUUUACAAACGUAUUAAGGUUACAACAGUAUCUAAUGCUUUUUGAUCCUAAUGCUUCAGAAAAUUCAUACAUGAUCGUACCAGUAAAAUUAGAUGAGCAAUCUGAUGUUACUGUAGAUUGGGAUUUCUUAGAGUAUAUCUACAAAAGUCGAAAUUCAGUGCCAACUAGGAUUUCUGAAGAGGUCAGGCGGAACUUUAAUUUUGAUGCAUCAAAAUAUCAUGAUGCAGUAAUUAUGCCUUGGUACAGAAAUCAGGAUCAACCUCAGUAUUUCUAUGUUGCUGAAAUUUGUACAAAUAUAAAUCCCAAGUCCUCUUUCCCUGGUGAUGGUUAUGGUACAUUUGAAGAAUAUUAUCUUAAAAAGUAUGGUAUACAAAUACAAAAUGUAGAUCAACCUUUGCUCGAUGUGGACCAUACAUCAGCUAGAUUAAAUUUCUUAACACCUAGAUAUGUUAAUCGAAAAGGCGUUGCUUUGCCUACAAGUAGUGAAGAAACAAAACGUGCAAAACGAGAAAAUUUAGAGGAGAAGCAAAUACUUGUUGCUGAAUUAUGUGCAAUUCAUCCUUUCCCAGCUUCCUUAUGGAGACAAGCAGUUUGUUUACCUUGUAUUUUGUAUAGAAUCAAUGCCUUAUUACUUGCUAAUCAAAUACGAUGUCAAGUCGCACAAAUGAUAAAUUUAGGAAAAGGAAAUUUAGAUUCCGAUUUUGAAUGGCCGACGUUAGACUUCGGAUGGAGUUUAGCAGACGUUUUAAAAAAAUCCAAAGAAAAUGAAAAAUCUAAGUCUGCUAAAUAUGAAAUAACCCAAAUAAGUCCUUUAAAUAAUGCGAUUGACAAUAAAUGUCAAAAUAUAGUUGAGAAUACAACAUGUAAUUUGGAUAAAUCUAGCACUGAAAACUUAAGCGAACAAAAAUGUGACAUUCAGUUAGAGAAUGCAGUAGAAACUGAAUCACAAGUAUCAAACAAUGAAAAUGAAUUAGAAAUUGGUAUUUGGUCAAACGAUAUGGCGACGAAUUCUAUGGAGUUUGCCACAGACGAUUUAGAUGUAACUGUUUUGCCAAACGAUUUUAACUGGAAUGGUGUCCGAUACGGUUCGCCUGCGUGUGAGUCAGAUAUCGAUGGAUACGAAUCGGAUGAUAUUUACAGUGAUGGAUUUGCCGAUACUUCGGAUGAAAGUGAAGAUGAAAAUAGAGGGCUGCGAAUUUCUUAUAUGGAAGAAAAUGUUGCGGAAGCUGUUGAAGAUGAAAAGCAAAUGUCUAAACAAGAAAUUAAUAAAAAAAUCUUGGAUCUAUUAGAAACUGAAAAAAAUGCAGAUGACAUGUUAUGGUCGUAUACAGCAAUGGAUGAAGAAUUUUUAAUUGCAAAACAUAAAAAAUUUCAUUACGAAUUUGCUAAAAUAAGGAAAUGCGAAAUAAUGGAAAAUGGAUCUUUUAUAUCUCACAAUACUGAGAUUGCAAUUAAAAGAAAGAAUUUGUGCAAUUCACAAUCUGAAGACAGUAAGCUGAAUUAUAAUCAUAAAGCUUAUAUAGAAACAAUUGUUAACAAAUUGAGUAAGGAAAUAUUAAAUGCUAAUCGUAGCUCACAAUUAAUAAAAAAGAAUUCUGACAAAUUGAGACCGACAUAUCAGCUGGACAGCAAUCUCUUUAGUUUUGAUUUUCAACCAGAAUUAAAAAAUCAUGCAGGACCAAGUCCCAGUUUAAUUUUGCAAGCUUUAACUAUGUCUAAUGCAAACGAUGGUAUUAAUUUAGAACGGUUAGAAACUAUUGGAGAUUCUUUUUUAAAAUAUGCUAUAACUACUUACUUAUAUUGUACAUAUGACAAUAUUCACGAAGGCAAACUUAGUCACUUAAGAUCUAAACAGGUCAGCAACAUAAAUUUGUACAGAUUAGGAAGACAAAAAAUGUUAGGUGAAAGCAUGAUAGCGACAAAGUUCGAACCACACGAUAAUUGGUUACCUCCUUGUUACUAUGUUCCAAAAGAACUUGAACAAGCAUUAAUCGAAUCUGGCAUACCUUCAGCACUUUGGAACCAAGCUGACUUACCAACAUUACAAGCUGUAAAUCCUACUGAAAUAACUCAACUUGUUAAAGAAACAGAACAAAAAUUGGGCAUCAUGAAGAGCGAACUUGACCGUAAUGAAACUACACUUUCAAAUAAUUUAGACAACUUACGUUGUUUCAUACCUUACAAUUUAAUUACUCAACAUAGCAUUCCCGAUAAAAGUAUCGCAGAUUGUGUGGAGGCAUUAAUUGGAGCAUACUUAAUUGCUUGUGGUCCUAGAGGUGCAUUACUUUUUAUGGCCUGGUUAGGGAUACACGUUUUGCCCACAAAAGAAGUUUGUUUGGUACAAGAAACAAAACCGAUGGAAAGAAUUCCCGGUAGUACACCGUACAUAAAGGGAACAAAUGAUCAAGCCCAGACAACAUGGACGCAGAUUCGUUAUGGAACAUUGGAAGAACCACCGAAUCCCCUACUUCGUCAUAUUUCUGAUCCAGAACAUGAGUUGAAAUUAAUGCUUGAUGGAUAUGACGAAUUAGAAAAAAGUAUUGGAUAUAAAUUUCAUGACAUUAGUUACUUAUUACAAGCAUUUACUCAUGCUUCAUAUCAACCCAAUAGAUUAACGGAUUGUUACCAACGUUUAGAAUUCCUCGGGGAUGCAGUUUUAGAUUAUUUAAUAACAAGACAUUUAUAUGAGGAUGCUCGACAACAUUCGCCAGGUGCUUUAACAGAUUUGCGAUCAGCUUUAGUUAACAAUACUAUAUUUGCUUCUUUAGCAGUUAGAUGUGGAUUUCAUAAAUAUUUCCGACAUCUUUCUCCUGGUUUAAGUGCUGUUAUAAAUCGUUUUGUUAGAAUUCAAGAAGAAAAUGGACAUUCUAUUAGCGAAGAGUACUAUUUAAUUGGAGAAGAAGAGUGCGAAGAAGCUGAAGAUGUCGAGGUACCAAAAGCACUAGGUGAUGUGUUUGAAUCAUUAGCUGGUGCAAUUUAUUUGGAUAGUGGUAUGUCUUUGGAUGCAGUAUGGGGUGUUUAUUACGCUAUAAUGAAAACUGAAAUUGAACAAUUCAGCACUAACGUUCCCAAAUCUCCAAUUCGUGAAUUAUUGGAACUUGAACCUGAAACGGCGAAAUUUGGAAAACCAGAAAAAUUAGCCGAUGGACGUAGAGUUAGAGUUACGGUUGAUGUUUUUAGUAAAGGUUCUUUCAAAGGUAUUGGAAGAAAUUAUAGAAUUGCGAAAUGUACUGCAGCAAAAUGUGCUCUUAAAAAAUUGAAAAGAAUGCAAAGUUAUCCGCGGGAAAAACUAUGAUAACACAUACAACGUUAAAAUAGGACAAUGAGUACAAGAAAUAAAAUAAGUGUUUCAAUGGUGUUGAAACAUAUUUCUGUUAAAUCUGUGUUCAUGACUGUAUUUAUGAGUUUGUAACAUAGGAAAUUUUCAUGUAUUCUAAUUUAAUUUGACAUUACAUUAAUGUUAAAGCGUAGGUUUAUGAAGAAUAUAAUGAAUCGAAAGACAUACUUUAUUUAAAAGUUCAGUUUCGAUAAAAAAAAAAAAGAAGUUUCUAUGUUAUUAUAUUGUAAAUAUUUAAAAUAACGAUGACAUCAAACGUUUUGAAAGAUUCUAAAAUUAUAUUAAAUCUCUUCUUCCAUAUACUAUACAUAUUUUUAGUAUCUAUUCUCUUACAUCUGUGUGUAUGUACACUUGGUCAUAGUGAUUCUUGCUGUUAACAUAUAGACGACGUUAUUACACAUCGAUUUUCCAGAAUACUAAUUAAGUAUAUUCAUUUUCUUGUUAGAUGUCCUCGUACCGGAAAAUGUAUGCAUAUAUAGAGAAAAAUAUGUAUAUCAUUGAUAAUGUCGUACGCAUCUAAUACGUAAUAUCUUUACGCGUCCCGUCGUCUAAGUGUUAACGAAAAAAUAUUGUUAAACGAGAUACAGUAUCCUCAUAUGCGUUUUUACAACUACGAUAGUGAAGUUUUUCGAAUGAGUAAUAAUGAGUAUCGUAUGGACUUCUGUUGUACUGUUUUUGAACGUUAUCUCAAAAUGUAUAAUAUAUCUCUUUUAUUUAAAAAUAAUUGUUUAUUUAUGAAACAAGACUAUUCGUCGUAACAAUACUAAAACUACACAAACACAAUCAUUAUGCAUAUAUACAUGUAUUACACGUGUUAUACACACAUGUGGAUAUAAUUAUGAAGUGUUACACAGUUAAUAUAGAAUAAUGAUAUAAAGGAAGAAUGAAUAACUUGAUGUCUCAUGAAUCUCAUGGGGUCACUCCCACAAGUGAAAUUUCGUGUAUAGCAUAGACAUUGUUCAUGAGGGGUAGUUGCUUUCCAUUUCAGUCUACAAUACAACUCUUAGCAAAUGAAAUGUAAUUUGUA